UGUCAUGGAACUAGCUCUGUAGACCAGGCUGGUCUCGAACUCUUAGAGAUCCGCCUGCCUCUGCCUCCCGAGUGCUGGGAUUAAAGGCGUGCGCCACCACUGCCCGGCGACUUCAUUAUAUAAAUAGAACAUUUCUCCUCCUACUUUCCUCCAUUCGAACUCUUCCUUAAACCCCUCCCUGCUCUUUCAAAUUCAUAGCCUCUUUUUCAUUAGCAAUAUUGCAUAUAUAUGUAUAUCUACAUACAUAAGUUCUUAAAUAAACUGCUCAGUCCACAUAACAUUACUUGUAUGAAUGUUUUCUAGGCUGAACAUUUGGUAUUGGACACGCAGUUGAUGUGCUCUUCCUUGGUAGAGACUAUUUCUGCUGCUCCCAACAUUCUCCCAUAUUGCCUGUUGUUUCCACUGUACAAAGGUCUCAGGCCAGUGGGUCUUUCCUCAUCCAUUUUAGCAAGUCCAUAGUUUAUAAGCUUGUUCAGAUCCUGUUUGGUUUGUCAUGUAGGUGAAAUUUUAUGGAUGUAGCUUCUGGAGACACAACCUUACAAUCUCAGCAAAUUCUAUGAUUCUAUGUUUCUUACAAUAUCUAUUCCCCCUUUUCAAAAAAAAAUGGUCCAUGAGUCUUGGUUAAAGGAGAGUUUUGUAGAUAUAUCCAUUGGGCUUAGUCUCCAUGACUCUGGAUUUUCACUAGUUGUAAUUAUUUUUUAGCAGACUCUGUUGCAAAGAGAAGUUUCCUUGAUGAGGGUGGAGACUACGUUUAUCUGUGGGAUUAUGCUCGUUUAGAAAAGAGCUGGAUCUUGGUUCUUCUCUAACAUUCUUGACUUCCCCAGCACCAAGUAGGUAGCCAGGUGUCUAGUACCAGUUAUGGUUUCUAUUUUUGUUACAAGAGCCUUUAGUCCAAUUAGAGAGCUGUUGCUUAACAAUAAGGCAUGACUGCCACUACUGCACUCUUAGGGUUAUUGUACCAUGAAGACCACUGAUGUAGGUCAUGGGCAUUAUAGCUGGGUAGGACUGUUCAUUGGCUUCCUCCAUUGGAAGCUUACAUUGUACUUCUGGUACCUUAAAAGCUAUUCUACAAGAAAGAGUUUUCUUUGUUUCGAGACAGGGUCUCUCUGUGUGUUACUGACUUCCUAAGACACACUGUGUAGAUCAGGAUGGCUUUGACCUCAGAGACCUCCUUGUUCCUGCAUUCUGAGAGCUGGAUUCAUAGGUUUGUAUGAUCUUGCCCAACUAUACAUCACCUUUUGUUAUCAUGUCUUGACAAUUACCCAAGGUAACUUCACCACAUACUUGAUAGUCAUGAGUGAACAAAUGGGUCUUCUGUCUAUUAACAUUAAAUUUUCAACACCACUAAAUUACAAACUCUAAUUAAAAUAGACGAGUGCAUAUAUUAUAUGAAACUAAAACAAGAAGAAAUAAAUAAUGUAAGUAGAAAUACAAGUAGCAAUGAGAUGGAACCAGGAAUGCCUCCCCCGAAAAAAAACCCAACACCAGGACCAUAUUGACAGGAUUCUAUCAGAACUUCAAAGAACUAACAGCAAAGCUACUUUAAAUACUUUUUGACAAGAUAGGAAGACUUCCUGACUCUUACUAUUAUCUGACAUUAAAACCAGAUAAUGAUACAACCAAAAAGAAAUUACAGACUAAUAUGGUCAUUUAAAAAGUGUGUUAUUAACUAUUUGACACAACAUACACACAGCAUGUUCCUUAAAUACUGCCCACUCUCGCCUCAUGCCUCUCUACUAUGGGUCCACAAUUCCAACAAAUUCAUUGUAUUCAUCUCCAUUCAUUUUGCUUGGGAUCCUCUGAGAUUAACCAGGGCCAUGUGUGAGACUGUGGGUUUAGAGGUAUGUGUUUGAGCCUGCUGGACUCAGCAGAGGACUACAGUUAAAUGUAGUGAUUCUUCUCCUACAAUUCAUCCAUAGCCAACAUUUGAGAGGUAAAGAGUGGGCCUUAUGAGCCUUGCCCUCUCUUAGAUUAAUUUGAUCUAGUGCGAGGACAAUGCAGGUAAGUAUGGUAGCUGCUGGUUACUGAUUACAGCAGCUGUGUGGAGUCAGCCCUUCCUCCUCUUUCCUUUAUUUCCUUUCCUCCUCUUUCUCAAAGGUCCCAGUCACAGACUUUCUUAGGAUUGGGACCACAUACCUCCUUUAUUUUCUGAAUCUGGGACAGCAAGACACUCUUCAUUCACCUCUGCGUUUUAAAAAAAAAAUCUAUGAUUUAUCUCAAAGCACCUUAAGCAUGCAUUAUAGAAGACAAACUCCUUUCUGAGUGAAUAAAAUGUCAAGAUCACCUUCUAGGGGGUGAGAGCAGAACAGCGCGGGAUGAACUCAGCCCUGGGAUGUUAGCGAUGGACUGACCUGACUUCUUGAGACACCUUUUUUUUUUUUUUUUUUAAAUCCAAGGCACAAUUGCAAAUUUUGGUUUUCACUUGUCAUAUUUUUGUUGGCGAUGGGAUGCUGGCAUCUGAAUUUAGCGUAUUGUCGUUUGGUGUAACUAUACAGCCCGGGAGGCUGGUAGUCAGGUCGAGGUUAGGCUGCCUGUCUUUUAUCUGAAGGGGUCAGAACUCCCUGUGGGGUCAAGUAAUGGGAUGUAGCGUCCUCCUACAUUCAGUUCUGGUUUAGGCUGACAGCAAGCUGUGCAAAUCAGGUCCAGGGCAGCAUGAGACACAGCGGGAGGUUCAGUGGGGCGGAGACACUCACCCGGAAACAGCGGUUGAAGGAGAUCUUUGGCCCUUGUUGAGGUAGUGGGAGGGCUUAGAGGCAUGACGCAGGCGGAAGCUGGGAAGCGGCUUUACUGAUGCUUGGAAAAUUGGGCGGAAGAGCCGAAGCCUGAAGUGCCCAGUGCUGGUUCCCCGUCGUUGCUCGGGGACCUGCACCGUCGGGGAUCGAAUGGUGCAGACCUGGGAGCGGAGGACACUGCCGGGUGUCGCGGGGACGCGAAAACUCCCGGAGCCGCAGUCUCCGCGGGGCGGCCUGGGAAAGUCAGCAGCGCAGUGGGGAAACCGCAGCCCGGCGGCCCUGGGACCUCCCAGGGCUCACUGAUCACCCAUACCUGCUCACCUGUGCAGCAGAACAAAGGGCCUGGAAGGAGAGGAGACAGCAGCUAAGGAUGCAGGGUCUGUUGACAUUCAGGGAUGUAGCUGUGAACUUCUCACAGGAGGAGUGGGAAUGCCUGGACUCUGCUCAGAGGGCUUUGUGCAUUGAUGUGAUGUUGGAGAAUUAUAACAACCUGAUCUUUGUGGAGAACUAUUGCAUAUGUGAUCCUGUCCAUCAACAUGUGAAGAUUGGAAAGCAGUCUAAAGACCUUGAGAAAUCAUUAAAUUUGUGUUCCAACAUUACUCAAGAUGAGAGACUCUAUACUGCAAACAAAGAGCACAGUCAGGAAGAAUAUGACUAUUUCAGCUCUGCAUGCAGUUUUUUGCAACAACCAGUCUAUAUUAGAGAGACACCACACCAUCGUGGGAAAUUUAAGAAAUUUGUCCACACUGCCUCAAGCCUCACUCUACAUCAAAGAAUUCAUCCUGGAAUUAAAUCCUGCAAUUAUAUCAUUUGUGAAAAAUCCUUUAUCCAGCAUGCAGGUCUUAAAAUGCAUCAAACACUUCAUACUGGGGAAAAAACUUACAAAUGCAAAGAAUGUGGAAAUUCUUUUCUUGAAUUAUCUCAUCUUAACAGGCAUUACAGAAUCCAUGCUGGUGAAAGACCUUACAAAUGUGAGGUAUGUGACAAAUUCUUUACCUUGAACUCAACCCUUAAAAGACAUCAGAAAAUUCAUACUGGAGAGAAACCUUACAAAUGUAUGGAGUGUGACAAGUCCUUUGCCCGGGAUUCACAUCUUAGAACACAUCAGAGAGUUCAUACUGGAGAGAGACCAUACAUUUGUCAGGAAUGUGGCAAAUCUUUUGCCCAAUCUUCCGGUUUAAGGACACAUCAAAAAAUUCAUAUUGGAGAGAAACUUUACAGAUGCAAAGACUGUGACAAAUCAUUUACCCAUACUGUAAGUCUUAAAGUACAUCAGAGAGUUCAUACUGGAGAGAGACCUUACAGUUGUAAGGAAUGCGACAAAUCCUUUACCACUUGCUCACAUCUUAAAAGACACCAGAGCAUUCACACUGGGGAGAAACCUUACAAAUGUAAAGAAUGUGACAAGUCUUUUACUAGCUGCUCAUAUUUUAGAGAACACCAGAGAAGUCAUACUGGAGAGAAACUUCACAAAUGCAAACACUGUGCCAUGUCCUUUACCCAUGUUGUAAGUCUUAGAAUACAUCAGAGAAUUCAUACUGGAGAAAGACCAUACAGUUGUAAGGAAUGUGACAAAGCCUUUACCAAUUGCUCAGAUCUUAAAAGACAUCAGAGAGUUCAUACUGGGGAGAAACCUUACAAAUGUGUGGAAUGUGGCAGAUCCUUUACCCUUUGCGCAAAUCUUAGAAGACAUCGGAGAGUUCACACUGGAGAGAGACAUUACAAACAUACGGAAUGUGACAAGUCCUUUACCCACGACUCAAAACGUAGAAAACGUCAUAGACUUAUUACUGGACAGAGAACUUACAAUUGUUAGGAAUGUGGCAACUCUUUUACCUACUCUUCUGGUUUAAGGAGACAUCAGAAAAUCCAUAAUGGAGAGAAACCACACAAAGACAGAUGCAUCCUCUGUCCAGAUUUCAGAUCUUAGGAGGAUGGAUCCUCUGUCCAGAUUUCAGAUCUUAGGAGAUAGGAGAAAAUUCGUAAUGGAGAGAAACAUACCAUUUGAAAAAUGUAACAUAGCAUUUUCUGGUAUUCCCUUCUUAUAGAUCAUAACAGUAUGCAAAAUAGGAACAUAAAGAUAAGAAACUUGUGAAAGUCUUUAGGGAACUUUUACAUUUUAAGAAUAUCCUAGAGAUUAUAUUAAAAUACAAUUCUGAAUGCAAAUGCAAUAAUGGGAAAGCUUUUUAUUUUUUUAAACAUGUAUGCAUGCUUUGCCUGCAGUUAGUCUGUGCACUAUGUGUAUGCCUGAUGUACUACAGAAGGGGUCAUCUGAUCCCCUGAAGCUGGAAUUACAGACCACUGGGGACUGCCAUGCCUGUGUCGGCAAUGAACACUGUUCUUCAGGAAGAGCAACCAAUGCUCUUACCUACUUAGCCAUGGCUGUGGCCCCUGGUUUAAAAAAAAAAAUGUAAUAAAAACAUUUAUCUUGUUCUACAAUCAAAAAAUCAUAUUACUGCCAGGUGUGGUGGUGCACUCAGGAUGCAGAGGUAAAAUGAUAUCUGUGAGUCAGAGAACAUCUUCAACUUCAUGCUGAGUUUCAGGACAGCUCAGACUUCACAACCUCUUUGUCAAAAGAAAACAACAACAAAAUUCUAAUAGAAUUACAUAGAAAAUAUCACAAAACCUUUUGUUUACUUUCCAAUUUUGCUAUAUACUACAAAACUCAUACUUCUGAGAACCAAAAAAAGAGAGUAUAGACUCCCCAUGUCUGUCAAUUGGAAAUUAUACCUCCCUAAAUGCCUUGAAUUUGACAAACCCUUCACAUACUGCUGAAAUUGCAGAGAUAAAAGAAAAUUCACAAUUAAAGAAAACACUGAUAAAUUGUUUUAUUCACCUUCCAGUUCUUCAUGCUAGAGUCAGACCAUACAAAUAGCAAGAAAGGAACUAACUGUGAAGAUGUAGGCUGUAAUUGUGACACCACCGGAAUGCUGACAUACAACUUGGACGUUCCCAAAGGCUAAGGAUUGUGAUACACCAUCUCAGCUCUCUGGAAGCAUAAAAAGGUGUAUUCCUGUGACUGCUAGGGCAGCAUUUUCUACAUUGCAAAUUCCAAAUCAGCCAGAGCUAUAUAGGAAAUCCUAUCUUGAAAAACCAAAAUAAGAUCAAGAAAGAAAUCCUGACCAGAUGCAGGACUUCAUUUUGAACUACUGAAGAAAACUUGGGAAGAAUUUACUUGAAACUCUAUAAUAAAAUGAUAUAACUUCUGUUACCUGCCAGUACACCUUCUCUGACGUAAAGGAGACCUGUAGGACCCCCCUCAACUAUGUUGAAAUGGUGAUUACCCCAAUCUUACACAGUUGCUUUUUCUUAGUCUCGAAUAGUUAUUAAUCUCUGCAUUCCCACUACCUAUUGCAGGAGAAAACUUCUUUCACCUAUGUUGAGAAUAGUAUGAAGUUAUCUUAAACAUGAAUAUUUAGAUGGCAGAAUAAUGGUUAUGAUUGUUAAUCAAAACAUUAAUCGAGUUACAACCUACAACCUAUAGGUUCCAAUGUUUUUGUUUUUUGUUUUACCAUGGCAUGAAUUCCUCUCUGUGGUACAGGUUUGAAAUCCAAUCAAGAGAAACUUUGUUUAUGUCCAUUAAUAUUGGUGCCAGUUUUGCACCCACAUCUUGGCUGGCAAGUUUUUAUUGUAACAUGUGUGGUCCAGGGCUAAGGAAGACCACUGACAUCAUUUCUGUGAGAACAGCAUUCACAGGCCCUUACAGUGCCACAAAGACUGGCCAGCAGGGAAUUUUGCCUGGUAUGUUCAAUGUUGCUCUCUGUCUUGCAGUGCCAAAGUGUUUGGUGUCAUCAGCUACACCAUGUACUUAUGUUGUCUGAUCAAGAGCACUUGGAAUGACCUGUUUAGUUUAUGGUGACAAUGGGGCCUCCCUGACCAGUUAAUCCUAGGCAAAUAACCAGUAUCUGGUACAGAGAGUUCCACUAAAUAACCCUAGUGUUUGGGAGCAAAAUUAUUUACCCAUGUGGGACACCUUUACUAAUUUGUAAGAUAAGGGGAUUUCAUAAGGUUUCUACACAAAUUUUUACUUUGGUUGACCCACCUACUCCUCAUCCCUUCUCUGUGUUCCAUCCCCAGUUAAAGAUUUAACACAUAUCCAAUGCCCAAAUCCUUUAUAACACAUGUUAUAUGAAGUUUUCCAAAUAUCUACUUUUUCUAUUCCUGUUGGAAUAUUGUCUGCCUCCAAGCAUUCACUUGUAGCCUCAUAGUGUGUGCCAAAUGAAUGGUUGACUGAGGAAAAAAAAAAAAGACUAUGGCCUAGUUUCUGAUGGCUCUGCACAUUAUAUAUGCACCACCAGAAGUGGACAGCUGCAGCAUUACAACUCCUUUUAGGAACAAUCCUGAAAGACAAAGUUGAAGGGAAUCUACUUUUUUAAAUUUAUUUAUUUCUUUAUUAAUUAAUUAAUGAUUUCUGUCUCUUCCCCACCGCUGCCUCCCCUUUCCCUCCCCCUCCCCCAAUCAAGUCCCCCUUCCUUGUCAGCCCAAAGAGCAAUCAGGGUUCCCUGCCCUGUGGGAAGUCCAAGGACCACCCACCUUCAUCCAGGUCUAGUAAGGUGAGCAUCCAAACUACCUAGGCUCCCACAAAACCAAUAGGUGAAGUAGGAUCAAAAACCCAUUGUAAAUAUUGUACAUUGGCUUGGAUUCUUUUAUAUUGAUAAAAAGUUGAGAUUAUUUUGUUAGAAUGCACUGUACAUUCAUUUCUAGUCUUGUUCAAGUAUGGUACCUAUGAAACUUAUUUAACAACAUAAUGCAAAUUUCUAGUCCUUGAAUUUUAUUGACUGUUGGCUCCCUCCUCUGGAAGGUUGAAUGUUGGCUUCUGGUACCAUGAAAGCUAGUCCUCAGUGAGGUGACUUUUCAGUCAGUUCCAUCUGGAGACCUCUAGGAUUUGUGUCUGAAGUUUGUGUCUUCUUCAACACUAGAAAUUCAAGUUAUGCCUCUGAGAGGCAACCAUGGGUAACAGCAAUAUCCUGCAAUGUUUGGAAGUCUCUUGUUAACUGUGACCAAGAACUUCAAGGCAACAAAACUAUAUAAAAUAAGAACAAAUAUAAAGUAUAAAAAUUAGAAUUACAACCAGCAUAAACAAAAUCAAGCAAGAAACAUAUGCUAAAUGUUUAAGUUUUCUAGUAGAAAUAACUUGGUCAAGUCAUGAGAGGAAAAUAGCUAUGACUAUUUAGUCUUCAACCACAUUGAAGACUGAGAAGGAAAAUAAUAUUACUUAGGUAAACGGGAAGAGUAAUCAGGCAACUUCCUAAAUGUACAAGAAAUGAGAAAGACAACUGGGUACUGGGGCAAUCACACAAAGUCUUAUUUGCAAUGUUUGGAGCAACCAACUUUGGUUAAGGUCUAGACCAACUGACAGACCAUUUUCAGAGGCAGGAUGAUUUUUCAAAACCAUCUUACCCUAACUUGGCAAGAUUCGACAGUCUUUUUUCUUGUAUCCUGCUUGUCCUAUCUGAACACCAUGCAUUUUCUCAGUGGUCAAGGUGCAGCUCUUUGUCAAAAGGAUGUAGAACAUUUCCUUAAGUGUCUUUCAGCCAUUUUAGAUUCUUCUGUUUAGAGUUCUCUGUUUAUCUCUGUACUCCAUUUUUUUAUUGGAUUGUUUGUUCUUUUGAUGGCAAUUUUUUUGAGUUCUUUGUAUAUUUUGGAGAUCAGACCUCUGUCUGAUGUGGGGUUAGUGAAGGUCUUUUCCUAUUCUGUAGGCUGUCAUUUUUCUUGUUGACCGUGUCCUUUGCUUUACAGAAGCUUUUCAGUUUCAGGAGGUCUCAUUUAUUAAUUGUUUCUCUCAGUGUCUGUGCUGCUGGGGUUCUAUUUAGGAAGUGGUCUCCUGUGCCAAUGUGUUCAAGUGUACUUCCCUCUUUCUCUUCUAUAAAGUUCAGUGUGGUUGGCUUUAUGUUGAGGUCUUUGAUCCAUUUGUACUUGAGUUUUGUGUAUGGUGAUAGAUAUGGGUCUAUUUUUAUUCUUCUACAUGUUGAUAUCUAGUUAUGCCAGCACCAUUUGUCAAAUAUGCUUUCUUUUUUCCAUUUGAUAUUUUUUGCUUAUUUGUUAAAAAUCAGCUGUUUGAAGGUGUGUGGAUUAAUAUCUGGGUCUUCGAUUCAAUUCCAUUGGUCUUCCUAUCUGUUUUUAUGCCAAUAACGGGCUAUUUUCAGUAGUGUAGCUCUGUAGUAAACCUAUUUUAUAACCUAGAUAAUUUACAGAAUUUCCUCUUUGUACUUUUUCAGGAGAAAUUUAUAAUCCCCAUUUUGGCAGAACUUUAUUUCUUCAAACAUUCUCUCUAAAGUAUUUGUGUUUGAAUCAAAUAACAAAAUAUCAUCUGUGUAAUGGUAAAUUGCAGAUUUAGGAAAUUUUUUAUGUAUUAUUUCCUAUGGCACAGUGUGGGGCUGUUGAGCAUUCCUUGCGGGAAGAUGGUCCACUGUUAACUCCUACUAGGUUGAGGAUUAUUAUAAGUAAGCACUAUGAAAGCAAAUUUUUCUCUAUCCUUUUCUUGUAAAGGUAUAGUGAAGAAACAGUCUUUUAAAUCAAUAGUUAUAAGUGGCCAUCCUUUUGGUAAUAGACAAGGCAGAGGAAUUGUAGAGGGCCCAUGAAUUACCUUGUUGACAGCUCUUAGAUCUGUUACCAUUCUCCAUUUUCCAGAUUUCUUUUAAACAACAAAUACAGGAAAAUUCCAAGGGCUGGGUGAUUCUUCAAUAUGGUUAGCAUCUAGCUGUUCCUGUAGCAGCUGUUCUAAAGCCUGCUGUUUGUCUUCUGUUAAUGGUCAUUGUUUGACCCAUAUUGGUUUCUCAGUUAACAAUUUUAAAGGUAGGACUGUUGGUAACUCUAAAUGUUUGCUGGUUUCUUUGGGUUCUUGUACAGCCUGAAUGGCUGGUGACAUUUGUGUGUAGUACUUUAUAAUAUCCUUCCCAGAAACAUAAGUUUCUGCAACUUCAGGAAUGUUAAUCUGUAUAUUCCAUUGCUGCAGCAGGUCACAACCCCAUGAAUUCACUGUGAUAUUAGCCACAUAUGCCCUCAACUUUCCUCUCUGUUCUUUUUGCCUUAUGCAUCCAACCAUCUCAUGCUUUGUUUCA